CAUCCACCUGUCCCUACUAGCAUGUGUUCCAUGCUGUGAGGUCUACCUAGAGAACACAUCCAUGCCUCUUCUAAUCAUUUUGAUUCUCAGUUUUCUUAAGCUGGGGUCAGGUCAGUGGCAGGUGACUGGACCAGACCAGCAUGUCCAAGUCUUGAUUGGGGAGGAUGCUGUGUUCACCUGUUUCCUGUCUCCUGAGACAAGUGCAGAAACCAUGGAAGUGCGGUUCUUCAAGAAUGAGUUUUCUACUCUGGUUCAUCUUUACAAGGAUGGGAAAGACAAGAAUGAAGUGCAGACAGCAGACUAUAAAGGGAGAACUGAAUUGGUUAAAAACUUCAUGGCGGUGGGCCAUGUCUCCCUGAAGCUGAAAAAUGUCACUACUUUGGAUGCUGGUCUAUAUGGUUGUUUGUUCAGCUCUGAAGCUUACUACCAAGAUGCUCUCUGGGAACUGCAGGUGUCAGCACUUGGUUUAUCCCCCCUGGUUUCUAUUAUGGGGAAAGUUGGCAGCAACAUCCAACUACUCUGCAAGUCUUCAGGCUGGUUUCCUCAGCCCACAGUAAAGUGGAAAAAUUCUCAAGGACAUGAUUUUCCCUCAGACUCCAAGGUGAACGUAGGCACAAAUGGUCUGUUUGAUGUUGAGAGCUCCAUUGUAGUCCAAGAAAAUACCGGGAGCAUAUCUUGUUCCAUCCAGCAUCCUUAUGAGAAACGACAGGAGGACUUUAGAAUACUGAUAAAAGACACCUUUUUCCAGUCUUCACCCUUGAACCUGGUUUAUAUUUUGCUGGGAGUAAUCUGCUUGGUCUGUAUCAUUAUCAUCAGUGCAAUGACUUACUGCAUCAAACGUAUGAGUAAGUAAAAGAGAAUAAAAGAACAAAUAUGUGGUGUUUUCAAAAUUCCAGUGGAGUCAAAUUAAGUAUCACCUAACAGACUUGUUCUUGAUGCCCUGUACAAUAAAAAUUCAUCUCCUGGAACACAGAUACCACAGUCCUCUCCCACUCUACGUCAGCACAAAAGGAUUUUGCCCUUUGAGAAAUACCAGCUCCCAUCAGGCUCUUUCUAGCAAAAUGAAUACAAUUAUCAGUGGGAGAACUAUUUUUAGUUUCCUCAUAGCUCAUACAAAUUAUUUAAUUCUUUUUUAUGUUUCUUUACUAUUAUUUGACAGGAUAAAAAUAAAUUGAUAGGGAGAGGAGGAUAGACAGACAGAGAGGAACUUGCAUCACUGCUUCACUGCUAGUG